GCAAACUGCAAAUCAAUCAAAUCAAUACAAGCGAGAAGCCAGCCAUAAACAAACAAAGCAUUUGAACAGCGUUGUUCGAUCGGUUUCGUUACAUUAGUUUGUAAAUAAUUUACAAUUUUUCUAUUUAAAAUUGUGAAAUUAGUAAGAAUGGCGUUCGCAAAUUUUCCAAUAUCAGACUCGAAUUGGCAGCAACAGCAACGAAUAGAAACUUCCGACAUCGUUCAAAAAGGUAACACGUUGACAGGCAAGGUGUCUGUCACAAACUACAAUAUCCCGUUUGCUACGAAAACAAGCCGCGAGCAUGUGAUCGGCGGCGCGGUGAGCUUCCAGGUGAAGGUAGUUACAGCCAUGCUCAGCAACGGACACAUGAUUGUGUACAACAAUUUGAUAUUUGUACAGUUCCUGAAACGGCGACAGAACGAUGAACUCAACUAUACGAUUAAGUUUUCCGCCCCAGAACUACACAUACAGAACAAGCGAUUCACUAGCGACGACGGCACGUGGCACUUGAUCCACGAGAACAAGCGCCAGCAGUACACGUUCGAAGUAAGCAUACUGUUGGAGGUGAUGUCAUGCAUUAACUCGUUCGCGGUCUUGCAUACCGACGAAGAGUUGACAGACUUUGAGCUGCGCGGGGUGGACGGGUCAGUACACAUGCACCGCGCCGUGAUGGCCGCCUCCAGCCCCGUGCUGCGCCGCAUGCUGGGCGGUAUGUGGCGCGAGACCGCGGAGGGCUGCGUCGACAUGCCCGGCACCACGCGCGCCACUCUACAAGACCUGAAGGACUAUGUGUAUCUGGGCACGCUGCCCGAGUCAGGGCUGGAGGAGCUAUUGCUGCUCUCGUCUUACUACAUGAUGCCAGAGUUGGAGAAGCGGUGCGUUGACAAGAUCGUGCAAAACGUAACCGUGGAGAGCGCCUUCGAAGUGAUCGAAUUCGCGGCCAAGAACAAGAUGACGCAGCUACUGCUGGCGGUGUUGGACUGCGUGCAGUCCGGCACCAUCUGCGUCACCGCCAUGCGGGAUCACCUGCAGCAGGCCGAGUGAACUCGCACUGCUACCGAGCUAUGCUUUACGCUGACAAAAACUACAAAUGACGUAGGUACAGUGGAAGAGUAAAUAUAUUAAAAUAAGUUGAUUUAACAAAAAACAAGAAUCGUAUUACCCCAGAGCGUACAAAUGUGAACUUUUUCUACCAAGUAAUGAUAGCUAAUGAAAGUGUGAAUAUUUUUCAAUAUUUUAUUGUAUUGAAAAGUCGAAAUAAUUUAUGUCUGAAAUAAGAGGUACGCGGUAGGUCUCCAGUUCUCCACUGUGGUGGCGAGAUAGUAAACAAGCGCAUUCUAGAAGUACCUAGGUCAAUUAUAUCCGUAUAAAAAAAGUAAACGAUACCACAAUCGUUUCAAAAUAAAAAGCUCGCUUAGACAGAUUACAAAAUGAUAUUUGUUUAGUAUAGGAAAAACAAAAUAAGUCCCUUUUGGUCGAUUCGUAUAUCAUAUCGUUUUAAAAUACAAGAGUGUGUUAAAUGUAUAAGCAUUUUUUAAUACUAAAACCAGUAAUAUUGUCAAUGUAUAAGUAUUUGAGAAUGUUAUCUAUCACAUUGAGCUACCCGGGAGCCGCAGUGAUGCUACUUGACGCUGCGGCGACGGUCUCAACACUACCUGUGAAUGUCAUAAAUAAAUCCAAAGAAUCGUCGGAACAUUGACGAUUAAUUCAUCUUUUUAAGUCCAUUAUUGAAAUAAAUACCUAAACUUUGUUAUGGCUAUUCGAAGGAAUAGUUUUUCAUGUUGAUCUCUGUAGGAGGCUAGAUUAUAUUAUAUAGGUAGUGCUCCAUAUAAAAACACCGUCUCCUUUACAGACGAAAUAUUUGAAUAUUAUCAAAACAUUUUAUUUUGUAUUUGUAUUACCUUUAGGAUUUUAUCGUACUAUUUCUACUUUUAUGUGUACUAUUUUAACUGACUGCAGCUAUUUCCAGUCAGCUAACGAUUCAAAAUGAAUUGUGUGUCUUUAUUAUGAUGUAAUGCUCAUUCAUUGUAGUAUUUAGGUUCAGUAAGGUCCACUAUCUUCAUUGCAACAUUUGAUGAUUGUAUGCAUUCGUCAAAUACGAUAGGCGAAUUUAACGCAACCGCUUCAUGGACAGUUUUUAUUGGUUCUAAGCAAGAUGCAAGCCUUCGUCAUUUGUAGGGCGCCUAUUUACUGUGAAGGGUGCAUGUAUUCGUCAAAUGACGCAAUGUGGAUAGUUAUCCUAAAUAAUAAAAUAUACAAUUGUAAAGUCAAACUGUCAUGUACAUGUUUAAAUACUCUGAACGUGUUUUAAAUUACAUAAGUAACUUACUAGUUAUACACAGUGUAUUCACAUUUCUCCAACAAAUACCAAGUAUUUGUAUCUACUAGUCUUCUCAAUCGUAUAUUUUAUUAUAAUUUCUACUGAAACCUAAUUAUUACAAAAUGUAAUCUUCCUGUGAAAUUAAGACUGGUUUUAUAAAUUGACUGAAUUUAUUUUGAUUGUGAUAAUUGUCUUUUGUAUUUUUGUAAUAUUAAAGUAAGCUAAACUCAAUAA